UUCGUGGUGUAAGGUACCGUUAUCGUCCUCACCAAAAACCUUCUCUUCAGUGAGACAAAGUUGAAAAAUAAUAUAAAAACAAAUUCAAUUAAAAACUACUUUUCAAGGAAACUCCAUCAAAAUAAAAGAAUUUUUGAUGGUAAUACCCUACCGUGGUGACAAACAUUAAAAAGACAUUUCGUGAGUGAAAUCGCUCACCGUGUAAGUGAAAAGCAAACGCAAAAAAAAAACAGUAAAAUGUUUGCCGGUGAAAAAAAAUCAAUUUAAAGUGAAAAUUUCUUCUUCCCGAAAAAAUUCAAUUCCGAAAACAGCUGGAGUUUAAGAAAAUCUUCUUCGAAUCACUUGAUUUUGACAGUUCAGUGAUUUGAUGCGGGUGAAAAGUUGACAUAUUGACAUAUGACAAAAAUUGGUAAAAUUAAAUGAAAAAGAAUAAAAAUCUGAGUGAAAAAAUAUAAUUUUUUAUUAAAAAAAUCGAGAGAAAAGAAAAACAAAAAAAAGACGACGAAGAAGUAGAAGAAGAAGAAAAUCUAAUACGAAUUUAGCUCACUCUCUCUAUCUCUCCAAAUUUUCGUGUCAUCUGCUAUCUCUGUUCAUCUGCUGGUCAUCGUGUAUCGGGUGUGUUUGUUUGACAACAGCAGCAGUAGAGCCGAACCAUAAAGUGGUGGAAUUCUCGUUCGUAACGUAUCGAACUGUCAAUGUUGUGUUUGUGAGAAAAUCUAACACACAAACACGUGACUUUCUUUGAUGAUGUUGCAGUUGCUUUAAAAGUGUGUAGUUGGAGAGAUUGCGCAAUUUAAAUCGUCGUGGUUUUUGUUGUUGUUGUCGUUCGUAGUUGUCGUCGUCGUCGUCUUUUCGCUUCCAUCGAGUGUAUCUAUCAGAUACGGAUUCAGAACUGCGUCUGCAUUCGCCGCCAGAGGUCGUCCGCGUCGCAUCGUGUAUUUUGAAGUUUCUUCACCAUCAUAAUACCGUACCGCGCCAACCAACUAACCAACCAACCAACGCAACGGAGCAGAAAACAUUUUUACGAGAUACACACAAUUUUGUUUGCCUUUGGUUCUCCCGUUCUUCGUUCGUGAUGCUAAGAUUGCCCUCACAUUAUAUCGUUGUGUGUGAGUUGAAUUAAGGUGCGUGUGGGUUUCGUUCGUUCAAGUUUGUGUGUGUGUGCGUUUUUUGUGUUUUUAUAAUUGACGGUCCGUCUUAUACGUCAGAAUUUAUUACAAUAUUUUACGACGGGCCUUUUGUGGAUCGGAGCAAAGUAAGAGCAAAAGGAAAGCAGCGUGUGUUUAUUUUAUUACUUUGCCCCUUCCAGUCACUUAUUUUUUGUUUUAUCGUGGUGUGUUUUACUGCUGUUUCGCCCGUUCACGACUCGUUUUAUUGUGGAUUACGCGUUCUGUGUGGUGUGUAUGUAUUGUGCAUACAUGCUCGCAGAUAAUUCAUCUGUGAACCUAAACAGCAGCACCAUCUCACACUAAUAAAAAAGUUUAAUAAUAAUAAAAUCGGUAUCGGGCUGAUAGCACCGAAGAAAGGAAGAAGUAGAAAUCGAAUAAGAAGAACGUAUACCGAAAGGUAGAGCAAAAAUUUAAAGAAACAGGCUUCAAAGAGGAAUACGAAAGAAAAUUAAUUCAUGGAUGGAUGCUUUAGUGGAUUUCAGAAAUAGCCCAGCAUAACUAAGGCUACUAGACCGCAUCUUCGUUUACCAAGACGAAGUUACAGCAAACACAAACAAAACAAAAUUCCUCUUCACGGUGCCUUAUCAUGCUAGAUAUGAUAGCCGACUACCAUAAAAGUAAUAUUUGCAAACGUGAAGAUAUCAGAGAUCAUCAUACAUCUUCAGCUUCACAAGCAUUAAAUUUAAAUGGAGCUAAUACAACAACAAAUUUCCAACAACAAUUGCAUCUUCAGUCCACUUCUUCAAGUGCUGCAAAUGCAAGAACUGUAACUACUUUAAAUCCAUUCACUCAAUCGACAAUGGACAAAUCUACAAUUGUCACGGCUGUUGGUUCUGCUUCAGGUAGUGAUGCUGUUGAAACAACAAUGAUGAAGCCUCCAUCAACAACAUCUUCAUCAUCAUCAGUAGAGCAUCAAAAACAACAACAACAACAGCAACGCCGUCAAAAGCUUAAAGUCAAAGAAUUCAAUGACGUUAUUGUGUGCAAUUUAUGUCGUGGAUAUUUGGUCAAUGCAACUUCGGUAGAUAUUUGCGAGCAUUCAUAUUGUCGAUCCUGCAUUGUGAAGUACUUGGAAACCGAUAGCAAUUGUCCAAAUUGCAAGCCACAAAUUCGAUUCAUCACUCUUAGCAAUUUAAGAUCUGAUGAUAUCCUGCGUACCUUGGUAUACAAACUCGUACCGGGUCUCAUACAACAAGAACGGGAACGCCAGUUGCAUUUCUGGAAAUCCCUAGAUUCGACAUCUGACUGUGAUAUGUUAAUGAUGGAAGAGGAAUUUAUUUAUCCUGCAGAACCAAUAAGUCUUUCACUGGAAUACCAUCCGGCAUUGCUGGUGUCUUGCAACAAAUCUCAAAUCCCACCAGUGAGAUAUCUGCAGUGUCCUGCUGGAGUGACAGUUCAUCAUUUGAAGCGAUUCCUUUGCUCCAAGUACGAUAUCGAUCCGGAUAACCAGAGGGUGGACAUUGACAUCAUCUACGAGGACGAAAUUUUGCCAGAAGAUUUCAGUCUUAUUGAUGUUGGCUAUUGCUAUAACUGGAAAAGAGUUGCUCCAAUGAGAUUUUGCUAUCGAAUUCUUUUGCAUAGCAACACGCCAGCGCCGGCAGUUUCUAAGACUACAACAACUCCGUCAACCACCCCCGCCACAACGAAGGUACUGGGGGAGAAUAAUCAAAACGAUUCGGGCAGUCCAGAGGCUAAACGUGCCAAAAAGGCACUGACUGACAGUGAAAUGAUGAUGGCACCUGCUGUGCCAAUGAAAACGGUGAGGUUCGUUGAACCUGUGAGGAAAGCUGACAAAAAUGGGGAGAACAGUAGGCAGGUUACCUAUUCGGUAUACAAAUCCAAGUCGCUAGAUAUGAAAGAUUCCACGCUUGGAUACAACAACAAUAAUAACAACAAUGAGAUGGAACGGGAAAAGAACGAGAGUAGUGGGGCCAUGAAGAUGAUCAUAGCCCGAAAGCAGAGCCCUAAACGUUCCAACUCCGAAGAGUCUGUUUACAACAUCACGAAUGACUUCAAGAGCCUUCGAAGCAAUGACAUGCGUUACAGUGACUAUGCAGUGACUUCAAAUUCGACCAGUGGCAGUGGUAACCUAAUACCGAAGACACCCAAGGACGAGUCGAAGCCUCCAUCGGUUUCCAAGUGUGACAUUGUGGUGAGUAUUCCACAAUCGCAGAUCCACCGUUCGCCAAACUCUUCCGAUGAAAGUAUGGAGAAUCUCUCAUUGGCCGAGCUGAAGACGGCAGGAAAGAAACCAUCUCCUUCGUCACCUGCGAACAGUCCACCAAAACCGAAGAACGUUCCUAAGCUCAAGAUUGAGUUGAAUAGCCCAAAGACUUCUAAAAUAGCCAUUCCGAAGCCGAAGUCAGCUGAGGUGCGGCAAGAACCGAAGAAGAUAUCCAAGCGUAAGUACUCCGUGGAUGAGCAACCUCUGCCGGAAAAGAUAGACUUGAAGACAUAUGCCAAGAAUAUUGGUUUGAAGCCAAUCGACCCCGAUAGACAAAAGGAUCCCUUGGAAUUGCCAAAACCAAAGACCAGCCCGGAUGCUUCACCAAUGUCGACUUCGUCAUCGGCCAGCUCGUCGACCUCGAAUGGAACAUUCACGUUUAUGGGCAAGGACGAAUACCCUUCAUUCCCUUCGUCGUCGUCACAUAAGAAACGCAAGAAGAAGCACUCGAAGGAACCCAAAGAUUCGAAUGGAAAACGCAGGAAAUUGCACGCUGAGAUAUCAUCACAGCCAGAGAAUGAGAGUCUCAAGAUGAAAGUCAAAAUUACCGGAAAUCAUCGGGCACACAAGGUCGAGAGUAGAAAAUCGAGCAGCAGCAGUGAUGAUGUAAUCGUCACAACGCCACCAACAAGCUUGAAGCUCCCUCCGCCAAUGCCGGCAGAGCCUACCAUGAACGGAAAACAUCAUACGAAGAAGCCCAAGCUAGCAUACUCUCCACCAUCAUCGACAACUCCAAGUGCACCCUCAAUUCCAUCAGGUGCAAGUAUGAACUUAUCGAGUGCAAUUCGACACGUUGAAUCUUCGAAAAAGCUUAGUCAAACAAGCAACAAGGACUCUGAAGGUUCUAAGAAAGAUUCAAAAUCAAAAGACACAAAAUUGAAAGACGGAAAGUCCAAAGAUUCCAAGACUAAGGAGUCUUCUAAGUCUUCAAAAGACUCAAAAUCAAGAGAGGGUCAUAGUCAAAACAAAGAGAUCAGUUCUAAGGAGAUCAAUUCAAAGGAGACCAGCUUAAAGGAGGCUAUUUCUAAAGAAUCCAUCAACAAGGAAGACAGUUUAAAAGAAACCAAUUCCUCCAAGGAAGGAAGUUCGAGGGACUUAUCGUCGAAGGAAGCUAAAUCAAAGCCCAGUAACGCUCCACAAAUUAUGACCACAAUUCACACGAGAAUUCCUUCGAAGCCCUCGCCACAGGUCUCAUCCACAGGCACUGUAAAGUCGCCGGUGCCUAUUUCUAAACCUCUCAGCAAUAUUCAGGAAAUGAAAAUACCGGCCUCGCCACCGCUUCCUCCUAGUCUCUUCAAAACAACCCCGCUUACCAUCACAACCCUAACACCCACAUCCACAACACCUGCCACUCCACCGCUUAAACCUGUGCCACGGGCUCCAGUGACCACACCCACACCUAACCCAACCCCGUCACUCCCGGUCCAACAGCCCAAUCGUAAUCCUCCGCCCUUGAAGCCACAAUUUGCUGUGCCCCAAGCUCCACCAAAACAAAUGCCCCAUCCCUCCCAUAAACUGAGUCCCAUCUCCUCGAUAGCCAGUUCGGCGCACAAGCAAGCAGCUCAGCUUAAGAGGUCUGCAAGUCUUGACGGACCCCAUCCGUCAAUGUUGACGAAGCAACAGAAGAGUGAGCAGGAUCGUCUGGUGCGCAAAUCAGCUUAUGGCCCCAUGUUCCAGACUCAGCAACGCCCCAUCAAGCCUUCAAACUCAGCGACUUCAUCGGCUUCAGCGAAAUCACACGACAAGCCUUUCUAUACCUCUUCCAUCGCCUCGAGCUACACUCAUGAAAUGAGCAAGCGCAAGCCGUUGCCAAUGUUGAUGCCACCUUCUUCGAUCAGUGUUACGAAAAUGUCCGAGAGUUUAAACGGAAAAUUCACACAUUCCUCAAGUUCUUCGGCUGUCACCAUUACAAGCCAGAAGAAGUCCUACACAAGUCAAAACAACAAUUCCAGUCAAAUAAGCCAAAAGCCGGCGCUGGAAAUUCUGAGGGUUCCUGCAGUUGGAUCAGCAUCAGAGCACCAGAAACCUGCAUCUGUGAAGUCCAGUCCACCAAAAGCGACUCGACCACCUCCGGCACCAAUUCCCUUGGUGAAGAUCAAAAAAUCCCAAAGCAGCCCCUCUGUGAGAUCACCCGCCCUAACAGUAAGCACAAAGAGCACAACUGGCCAUUCACAGGCUUCGCCACCAGGGCUUAUCAGCAUGCGAAGCAUCAUUCCCGCAAUCGUGGCCAGUAAAUCAGCAGCAACAAUUGCCGAAAACGCCCCCAAGCAACCCGAAAGGCCUUCAUCAGAAACCAAUGGAAAGUCGUCUAAGGAAAAGUCGACACAUUCCUCUUCAUCUUCGUCGUCGUCGUCGACCUUAAAAGAUCGCAGACCUUCAUCACGAGAUAACAGCGUGGAAAUUCUGGACCUGUCUGGAAAACAUUCGAAUCAUCAUCCCAAACCCCCAACACCUCCAACACCAACAGCUGGCAAUAGCCUCGAAGCAGCCCUCAAUAAAAUCAAACAAAACAUGACUUCGAGCACGGUUCCCGACAGCAUUGCCGCCUCGGCGAAUAAGUCUUCAAAACUGGAGUCUUCAACCGACGACCUGCAGAACCUCCAUUUGCUCUCUGAAUCGGCAACAAAUCGCGAAAAAAUCGCCAUCAAAACUCUCCCAAAGUUGAACGAGAUCUCCAAAGUUCGAGCCGCACAAACUCCGGUUCGCCAGCAAAACGCCUCAGUUCGAAACAUUCCGAAUCCAUCGGCGCUGGCUUUCCGAAAUCAACCCCAGAUUCCUAUGCUCAACAGUAUUAACAGCUUACCAUCUUCUCCCACUCCAACCUCCCCCACCACUACUGGAGUAGUAUCAGUGAAGCCCGAAUUCAAAGCCCCAACACCACCAAAUAACAGCCCCUCGAGCAGUACAAACCCUGGAUCUCCGCCGAGGCUAAAGAAGAAUCUAAAUAUUGAGCAAGUUGCCGCUAAUCUUAAUAUGAGAGCAGCUGCGGCCGCUGAUAAAUCAGAGGCUCAAGCAACAGCAACAGCAACACCAACACCUGGACCAUCAUCAGCUCCAUCGAGUGUUUCUACAACAAGUGUGACGAAUUCUUCAUCGAGUCGUCCAUCGAGCUCGGGCCCAGCUGAUAAUUUUUCAAAUAAACCAGCUGCUAAAACGACACUGGCGACAUCGUCAAAUGUGGUUUCCUCAUCCUCGUCGGCUUCACCAUCAAUGGCGAUAAGCCGAGAGCCUGCACCAGUACCAACUCAACCGAAGACUUCAUUCAAGAGUAUUUCUUCACUGGUUGCUUCAUCUUCAUCAAGUUCGACUGUUAGCGCUGGGACAGCUUAGAUUUAAGGAUACACUGCAUUGUUAAAAGAGAUCCUUUUCCGCAAUACAUAUAUAUAAAGAGAGAUACCUACAAAAGAGGCAUACAUAUUAUCAUAAUUUUUUUUUCGUCCUUCUUCCUUCUUCGGAACUCAAACGAUAAAUGGAAGAAGGAAUUGUAGUAUAGAACAAAAACAAAAAAAUAAGAAGAAGAAGAGAAAGAGAAAGACUCAAAAUCACUUGACAUGGUUAAAAGGACACCCUCAUAUAUGCAUGAUAGACACAAAUACAUAGAGAUACACGUCAUCCACUGCACACCCACAACUUUCGGCUACCAGUUACAUACAUCCUCGUCCUAGAACCAAACCCGUGUAGAAAGUAUGUUUUUUGUUAUCUUCAUCGCAUCGAUAAAAAGGAGCAUUUGUGGGGGAGGACGAGCCAUUUAGUUGGAUUUACAAUAAUUUCUUCAAGGACUAACAAAAGUGUAUCGGCAACUACGGCUCUACUAGAAGGAAACAGCAGGAGGUACAAAAACUAAAGUAUAAAGAAAUCAUAUUGUGGUUUGCCGUAUGCCCAAAAGGAUACAAAAUAAAAAAGAAAAAGAAAACGUGUGUAGUGGCACAAGGAUAUUUUAUUGUUAUUUUCCUUUUUUCUUGAAUUUUAUACCUUUUUUGUUACGAUAUUUCCUUCCCAAAAAUAACUUUAUCUAUCGAUUUUACCUACUUUUUAUUUUUAAACAACCUCAAUUCUACGCCCCAUAUUAUUUGAUCUGUUAUCUAGUUAUCUAUACAAGUCUAAGCAUAAAAUUAUAAAUAUAUUAACACAAAAUAAUCAUUUAAAUUAUAAGUUUUUUGUUUUGUUUUAAUUUACUAAAAAAAAAAUAAUGUGAUGUGUAGCACAUCAAAUGUACUGGCACAACCCUCUUUAAACAAAUAAGAACAAAAAAGUAAUAAAAUUAAAUAAAUAAAAACAAUAAAACAAACAAGAAAUGUGUAAAUUAGAUUAGAUUUAUAGUGUUUAGCAUUUUAGCAGAUUCAAAAACAGGAUAGAGAUACAAAUUAUAUAGUGAAAGUGUGAGAUACAAUAAAAAUGAAAAAUAAAUAAUAAUAAUAAAAUCCAAGAGAUACAUUUUAACACCCAGUGUUGGUUGUUCUAUUUUGUUUUUCUUGGUAUCUAUCUAAAUGUUAAUAAUAAAUAAUAAAAUAAAAUUCUCUCUCUACAACUACUGACACACUUAUAAAUAUUUAAAUUAAAACCACUCAACUUUGGCGGGAAAAAUAUCAACAACAACAAAAUAAAAAUUAAAAUAUAAUAAUUCUGGUGUCGGCGGCGACGUCGAGCGGCAUAUGAAAUAAAUUAAUUUAUUUAUGUUAUUUCGUAUUUUAAUUUGUUAUCGCUUUCUCGGCCAUGUGAUUUGUUUCAAGUGUCAGUUAGUUGUUGAUUAACAAAAAAUAAUAAUAAAAUAGUUUAGAUGAAGAGAGAGGGCAACGAAUGAAUGAUAAAUUAAUUUGAUU